UGGGGCUCACCUUCUGCGUUGCGGAUCGACGGCGUAGGAGAACGGCUCCCGCAAUCCCGGCUGACAAAUCCUCUUGAUCGUCUUGACGUCGCUGCCCAGCGUGUUUUCAACAUGCGUCUUACGGGCAUCUUUUGCUGGUUUGCGAGGGCGCUCUGCCUCCUCUGCAGGGCUGCCGGUGUUGCGGUGCAUCAUGUUAGGCACCGCAAGUAUGCGGCCAUCACCGGGGUGAGUGACUAAGUCAGCCUGUGUAGCCAUGCGUUCAUGCUUUAUGUAGUGAGGUGUACGUUCAUGCGUUCGUUAUGUGAUGUUUGGUGUAUGCAGGGCACGAUGAGCGGCCUGGGCAAGGGCACCGUCAUCAGCAGCCUCGGUUGGCUCCUUAAGGCGCUGGGUUUGCGGGUGACCGUCAUCAAAAUCGACCCGUACCUGGUAAGCAAGGGAGCUGGCGAGUGCACUCAGCCUUCACUCACGCCCCUUUUGUCUGUGUCACUCAGAACAUCGAUGCGGGAACGAUGGCCCCUAGAGAGCACGGGGAAGUCUACGUGCUGAAAGAUGGAGCAGAAGUCGACCUGGACUUCGGUACACACGACAGCAACACAGGCAACGCACUGUGUUCGCAUACUGCCUGCAGGCAACUAUGAGCGGGCGCUGAAUGUCACCCUUACUGGCGACCACAGCAUCACCGCCGGCAAGAUAUACCGACAAGUCAUCGAGUGAGUCGACACAAACCAAAGCGACUACUUGCGUGACGUCUGCGUGUCUGCCUGAGUGCAGGAAGGAGCGCAAGGGCGAGUAUUUGGGCAGGACGGUACAGCUGGUGCCCCACGUGACCGACGCCGUCCAAGAUUGGAUCGAAAGAAUAGCUGAGGUGCCUGUCGACGGCAAAGAAGGGCCUCCAGACAUAUGCCUCAUCGAACUUGGCGGUAGGUCAAGACACGUACCCCUUUUCGUAUGUGCGCACAUGCGUUUUGUCUGUCCUACUAGGGACGGCUGGCGAGUUGGAGAGUCUGGUGCAUCUGGAGGCGCUGCGAUGCUUCUCUCGACGAGUUGGUCCCGAGAACUUCGCCCUGGUCGGUGACAUCUGUGUCCGCGUUUCCGCAAACAUACUGCUGUAUGUGUGGGUCAUUCAGGUCCAUCUGGGGUUUGUGGCCUGCACUGGCGAUGGCGAGCAAAAGACGAAGCCAACACAGCAAAGCAUCCAAGUAUUCGUGCUCGCAGUGAAGGACAUUUGUGGCCUCCGUGUACAGGUCAUUCAGGAGCUACGUAAAUCGGGUCUCAAAGCUGAUUGGGUCUUCCGCCGCUCCAAGCAAGCCCUCGGAGAUGCAGCGAGAGAGAAGAUCGCCCACUUCGGAGAACUCCCCAAAGAGCAUGUACGCACAGCACAGUGCAUCAGCCAAGCCCGAGGAACCUGUCUAGAAUGUGCUUGGUGCCUGCAGGUCGUAAGUGUGCACGAUGUGCCCAACCUGUACCGCGUUCCUCUGAUGCUGGAGGAGCAAAAUGUCGGCGCAUUCGUAUGCGAGGUGAGCAGGCAGCUCAGGCAAGUCGCGGGGGGCAAUGUGGCUCGUUUGUUUGCAGCGUUUGGGUCUCCCGACGGGGCCGUGCAACCUCUCUGGCUGGGCGAGGAUGGCAGACAGCAUCGACACCGCAGGACGGGAAGACGUCGUAAGCGGACAUUUCAUUUCUCAGCCCGCCUAAUUUAGUUGUGUGCAGGUGAAAAUAGGCAUCGUGGGCAAGUACACGCGGUCCAGCGACGCCUAUCUGUCAGUGGUGAAGGCCCUGCAGCAUGCAGCCAUCGAGGCUGCCCUGGAAGUCGACAUCCGCUGGAUCGCGGCAGAGAACCUCGAAACGCAGGUAGGCAGUGGGCGAGGGAGGAAGGGCCAUUUGGGUAUACACACACCCGUUUAUCCCUCUCAGAUGCAGCAGAAGCAUCCGGCCGAGUACGAGGAAGCCCGGACGGAAAUGCAGAAUGUCGACGGAGUUGUCUGUCCAGGUGAGACACACACAGCUUUAGCAACCUGCACACACACAAGGAGGUACAUGGACGGUCCUCUUUGUGUGUGCAGGUGGGUUCGGUGACCGCGGCGUCGAAGGCAAAAUCCUCUCCUCCCGAUUCUGCAGACGAAGUAAACGUGCACACGCACUCUCACACACACAUAUGCUGUGUUAAGUGCAGAUUCUAAGCCCUUCCUGGGCAUUUGCCUCGGCCUGCAGACCGCCGUUAUCGGCUUCGCAAGGUCAGUGAGUCAUACACAGCCACCGGCUCGAAUGCUGUGCGUGCGCCUCGCGUCGGUUGCGUGCCAUCUACGCAGGGAUGAGCUGCAGAUGGAGCACGCCAACAGCGAGGAGUUCGACAGCAACAGCAAUAACCCGAAAGGUAGAUAGAAUAACACAAUGGCAAGGCAUCACCCUGCCUGCCUGCCUGCCCUCCUGCCUGUCCUUUUCAGUGGUGGUUUCGAUGCCUGAGGUGUCCACUGAGGAGCUGGGUGGCACCAUGAGGCUGGGCAGCCGACCGACAGUGAUCACGUGAGACGCAAAGACAGACACACGACACAAGGUGCGUCAUUGUGUGAUCUUGGCCGGAUGUCUGCGACCUGUAGGGACCGCGCAUCGCUGGCGUCCAAACUGUACGACCACCGACAGACCAUCUACGAGCGGCACAGACAUCGGUAGGUGAGCGGACGGGCACAGCUGAUCAGACAGGAUGCAUGGAUGGCUGCUCAGGUAUGAGGUGAAGCCAGCGAUUGUCCCUGAGUUGGAAGCAAAGGGGCUCAUGUUCACCGGACGUGGCGACGGCGGGCAGAGAAUGGAGGUACACACCUCGCCCAAUCCAGUAACCACCCACCCAGAGGAGACCUUCGUUUUGCGUUGUUUCAGAUCGCUGAGAUUCCCAGUCACCCCUACUUCGUCUGCUGCCAGUUCCAUCCCGAGUACGAGUCCAGGUGAGUCAGCACGGACACAUGGCUCGCUGUUUUGUCUGCUCAUGUGCUCUUGUCUGCUCACCUGCCCCAUGCAGGCCGAUGGCGCCUGCCCCGUUGUUUCUCGGUCUAGUCCUUGCUGCCAAGGGCAGGCUGGAAAACAGACUCAAGCAGAACGGAGGACAGCUCGGGCUGCUUAGCACCGAUGCAAACUGAUGAAGACGUGUGUGACUUUGUCGCAUGCAUUUUUCUCUGCAUUGAUACUCAUGUGGUGUUCUGCAUGUAGCGAGGAGCAAUUCAGACACAAACACACUCUUCGACCUUUCCUCUCACUGAACGGCUAGACGAGGUGAGAGAGGAAGUUAGACCCUUUUUUCUCUCUCAUUUCCUCGCGGCCCUUCGCACCCGCUGGAAGUUUUAUAGAUAGGGAGAGCUUUUUUCGGGCGUACGCCGACGAUUUUGAGAUUGAGUGUAUUCACACACAGUCUGAGUCAGUGUGUAGGGUGUGACUCUGCCCGUCCGUGCAU